AUGCCGCAGAACGAAUACAUUGAACGCCAUAAAAAACUUUACGGUAGACGACUCGAUUAUGAAGAGAGGAAAAGAAAGAAGGAGGCCCGUGAGCCGCAUAAGAGGGCUGAGAAAGCGCGCAAAUUGAGAGGUAUCAAAGCUAAGAUCUACAACAAGGAGCGGCGCAAUGAAAAGAUCCAAAUGAAAAAGAAGAUCAAAGCACACGAGGAGAGAAAUGUUAAACAAAACACCGAGAAGGUCUCUGAGGGUGCUCUGCCGGUCUAUCUUCUUGACAGAGAUGUCCAAUCCCGUGCCAAGGUAUUGUCUAAUAUGAUCAAACAGAAGCGAAAAGAAAAGGCUGGAAAAUGGGAUGUACCGAUACCGAAAGUGAGAGCACAAGCUGACGCCGAAGUAUUCAAAGUGCUAAAGUCCGGCAAAUCGAAGAGGAAAGCAUGGAAACGCAUGGUGACGAAAGUGACGUUUGUUGGAGAAAACUUCACACGGAAACCGCCUAAGUUUGAACGCUUUAUAAGGCCAAUGGCACUGAGGUUUAAGAAAGCACAUGUUACCCACCCUGAACUCAAGGCAACAUUCUGCCUACCCAUAAUUGGUGUCAAGAAGAAUCCCAGCUCGCAAAUGUACACAAGUCUGGGAGUUAUAACAAAGGGAACAGUAAUUGAAGUCAACAUUUCAGAGCUUGGUCUUGUCACACAGGCCGGUAAAGUUGUGUGGGGCAAGUAUGCUCAAGUUACCAACAACCCAGAGAAUGAUGGUGUCAUCAAUGCAAUACUCCUUGUC